AGAGGGAGCGAGAGAGAUCCAAUGACAGAAAAGGCACCACCACUCUGCGUCGUAUUCAUCGUAGCUUUGCUUCUUUUAUCUCCUCUCUUCUUAGGACAGUUAGAAGCAAUAUCGACCAAACAAGCGAAGCAUCGAAAGAUGGGGAAUAGAGGAGAAGAGGAAAAUAGGAUAAAUGGAAUUGUUAUCCAAAUAAAAGCCAAAGUGAAGCGAAGCUACUCAAAAAAGGGACCUCAGAAAAAGGAACCUUACAAAAGAGUUCCUCCUAAGAAACCACCUUGCAAGCCCCCGACGCAUCCUCAUUAGACGAUUGCUUCCUUUUAUUCAAUGUUUACGUAGUAAUUCAACAGCAAGAAAUGUUCGUUUACAAUGAUCGAUUUUAAGAAAAUAAAGAAACUGGAUUGUUUUAUAAAAUGUUUAUAUCAAC